AUGGCAACUCUAAAGAAUCAAAGACUACCACCAGAAGUAAAUAGAAUUUUAUUUGUAAAAAAUCUACCAUUUAAAAUAACAUCAGCAGAGAUCUAUGAGUUGUUUGGUGCUUACGGUGGAAUCAGACAGGUUAGAUUGGGAAAUGCAAGCGAUACAAUGGGUACUGCAUUUGUAGUGUACGACGAUAUCUUUGAUGCUAGAAAUGCAUGUGAACAUCUAUCGGGUUACAAUUUCGGUGGUAGAUAUCUAGUGGUACUAUAUCAUCAACCUGCUAAACAAGCUAGAAAACUCGAUCAAACAAAGAAGAGACAAGAAUUGGAAUUAAUGAAACAAAAGUUUGGUAUUGAAUAG